CCCUUCCCCCGCCCGGUUCUCUCCGCUCGUCCUUCCCCCCUGCCCAGCUCCACUACAGGCUGGAGCCCCCGGCAGCACGGCGCGCAACACAACACAUUGACAGCUGCGACUGACUCAAAACCAAGGGGGGGAAGAUGGAGCACAGAGACGCCGACUUCAACAUAAUGUUAGCGACCGACUCAUACAAGGUAUCGUACCCGGGCUGUUUUCAACCAGAGGCGGGGUGGGUGGAGGGGAGCGGCUGAUGGGUGAAAAUUGAUAAAGUCAAGGUGGUUUCAUCUUCAGUCCCAAGGCCAUCAUACUGCUCUCUGUGGCCGGUCUCUGUCGCUUCACAGCAGGCCGGGAGAAGAGGAGGAGACGGGGUACCAUAUUCAGAAGCAUCCCUCUGUAAGCUAGCUUACUUAGCAUUGUGUAAAACCGCUGGCUGCUUGGGAGCCAGACCCCAACCGGCUUUGCUAGGAACAGUGGGAUUCGGCUAGCGGUGUUAGCUGGCGUGCUAGCUGACAAGGAGCGCAGAGAGGAGACCGAGGGGAUUGAUACAUAAAAUAAGCUAAUAUUAGCCGCUAGCUAGCAAGUGCUGUGUGAAUAGACCGGUGAACUGCACAUGGGCUAAAGCACAACCAGGUAUAAUGUUAGCCGGAUGGAGUUAGCCACACACGGUUACGAUGCGUCACUUCGGGGAAAUCAAAACUGAAAGUUAAUAUGAUAUUCCCUCUGACAAAGCGAGAUAACACGAGACCGGAGUCUUUUUUAUAUAUAAAUUAAAUCCCCGAAACCUUCAGAGGACAUUUUAUGUUCCUUAUUGUCACUAUUAUCUAAAACAUGAUAUUGUUACUGUUCAGUACCGGUGAAAAGAGAAUAAACCUCCUGGUAGUAAUGAAUAAAUGCACGUUGAGGAUGGUUGCCAUGCUUGUUGCCAUGCACAGCAGUCAUGUGAUAGCAUUGAUGGUGGUGGUGAUGGUGGGAUAGGACACUCUAUGGGACAGAGAGCCUACUUUGAAGACAGUAAAGGGAGGGAGUGGGAGUCACCAGAACGACUUCAUUAUGUAAUACACCGACCCCGCCAAAACAUUAUAGAUACCUGGGCUAUUUGAUGAAACCCUUAGCCAUAAAUUACACUCUUACAAAGCUUCUAUAUUUUAUUUUUAUGUUGCUAUAGUCAAACAGGUGAUAAUUGUGCUCUAGAUCAAGAAGUUGUUGCAGGUGUAGCAGGUGUUUGUUAAUAAGGCAGACUUUAAAGAUGAACACCUUUAAUGAGGGCCCGACCGAUAUGGAUUUUUUGGGGCCGAUGCCGAUAACGAUUACUGUACAGUACACAUAUAUAUACUGUAGGCUACUGCUCUUCACACAGACAGAAGGACCGACUGAUCAAACUCAGACCAGAAAAGCGCUUUCAACAUUUACAUGGCGCUUCACCGUUAACUCGGCGUGACCGAGACCAGCACAGUGGGGAACAUCAUGAAGUGGGUUGAACUGAAACUUGUUGACUUAUUGUGUAUUUCACAAGCUGGUUUAUUUACCGUUAUUUACCACUCUCCUGCAUGCGUCCCUGAGCUGCCUGCUUCAGAUCCGUCACUCUGCUGUGCUGUGAGGUAGUUAGUGGAUCAAGAUUGCCAUGAGGUCACUGCGCCAUCUACUGGAUAAGUCGAGGAACUUUUCAAAUGGCGGAACAUUUUCGAAGUGAAACCGAAUCUUAUUCUCCCCUUUUUUUUUUUGAAAAUAUCGGCAAAAAUCUGCGAGUUUUGGCUGAUUACCGAUUAGUCUCAAACGGGCUAGAAUUGACCGAUUUAAUGGUCUCGCUGAUAAAAAGGUCCAUUUUAUAAUGAAAAGCACCAUAUAAACAUACUGUAAAAACUAUCAUGGCUUUAAGAACCAUGACAUUGAUGAGUUUUUUUAAUCGUACGUGGACUAAACUACCCUAAUGUAAACUGACUCCGCUGAGAUCAAAGUCUGUUUCAGAGUAUUAAAUUCAGUGUUGUUGAUGUUUCAUGCUGCUUGAGUAUAUUUUAACAAACUUACACCUUUUGUGGAUCUCCUGAUGCGUUAAACUUGGUACUCUGUUAGAAAAGAGUUAUAACUCAUAUAAAAAGACCUCACAUCAAAACCUCAAAGACCAUUAGAUACUCAAGAUGAGAAAAUUGCCCAAAAAUUUCCCCAAAACUCCUUAAAUCCUUUACAGCAUGAAUUAGAUUUAUUUUUAAAAUGGGGCUCUUUUCUUAGUAUUUAUUAAAAUGAGGUUGUGGUUUUGGUGUUCGUCAUUUAACAUGUAACCUGGAUUUUCUUCAAUUUCAAAAGAGCAGUGUGGUUCAGUUGUUGUUUUUUUCUUUUCUUUUUUUAAACAUCACUCGUUUUGCUUCCAUUUCGAUGCAGCCUUGGGUAUUUACAGUUAAUUCAAAGAGGAAUUAAAGAUGAGUUUAAAAUGGAUGUGUGUGUAAGGAUCUGCACACAGUAUUGAUCUGAAACAGUCAAUAGUGUGUUUGCAUUUCAUUAUAUUUAACCACUGCUGAUUAGCCCUGAGCCAGUAAACGUGUGGGGAUUUUUGGGGGGUCAGGGAAAUCAUUGAACUGUUUGCUAGGUUUUAUAUGUUUUAUAUAAAAUUCCAAGUAAGAGGUGCUGGUUUCAUAACUUGGCUUCAUACUCUUGGCUUUGGGGAUUCAUUUCAUCCAUUAGCCAACACCAUUGUGAAAUAGCUCAGGUAAGUCCAAAGUAAAAUAAAGCUGCUUCAUAUACAUAUCGCUGAAUAACCCAACCUUGAUCAGUUAAAAUUAAACCAACAUUAAUUAUAUAGAUUGAUAUAUUGAAAUAUUAAUUUUUGCCCAGGUUGUACCUGAGACACAAAUGUUGACUUUUCGCCUCAGUUUUGAACAGUGUUCAAACUAGCUGUCAUUAUUGUAUUACUAAACUAACUGUUAGUACACCGGGAAGGUCUACGCCUCUAAUACCUCUAAAUAAUUUGCCCAGCAGCAGGUAUUAAGGAAGUUUCUGCCAUUAGAGGCUGGAAGAUCAUUGCUUUAAAGAAAAGAAGAACAGCUUCUUCCUCGCCACACAGAGAUAGAAACAAGUUUGAAAAAAGUGGUUAAAGUUGAAAAUGGAGUCGAUGCUGAAGUGCAGAGAACUGCAGGUACUCAAAUGUCCACAUGAGGCAGACUGUAAAGGCUGAUGUAUCCUCAUUGAGCCUCAUUUAAGAUCUCCCAUUUUUGCUGCAUAACUACACAUGUGAACAACCUGUGUGAAAGAUAGUUUUAUUUUUUCAUUACGCUUCCUCUUGGUUUAUGUAAGGCUUUAAGUUGUGCAUCAGGUUGUGUAAUUACGGGCAUGGUUGACUGCACAGACAACUGGGUGUGAUGCAGCUGUUUACCUUGAGGUUUCCAGACAAGGCCUUACCAGGAAGGAACAUCAUCAAGACCAAAUUUGAUGUUUUAUACAGUCUUUGGGAGAGACUAAACAUUGAUGUGGACAUUAGUGCUUGAACUGUUGUGGGCAAUGAUUGAAUUUCAGGUCCAGUCUUUGUCAGGGUAGGCAAGCAUGUGCCUACAAGCAUGUUCUGCACUUUUAGAGUAACCAUUAUGUUCUUUUCAAUCAGCCAGCUGAGUUACAAAGAAAUAAAAAUAACUCAACUUGGGAGCCAACCAGGCGUUCAUCCAAAAACAGCUGACCAGAACUUUCAUAGGUGCACCAUGUCCAUAAAUGCCAAAUCUGUGUUUACAGUGUGUUUUGGUCUGCUUUGUCACCCAAAACCAGCCUCCACACGUGUAUCCUGUUAGUUCAUCAUGACUGUGUCAUAACCAUUGUGGCAAGAGAGGCGGUAUUGCUGCAAGCAUGGUACCUGACCAACUCGCAAACCAACCAGAAGCUUUCACUUUGUUCACAGCACAGGAGACUAAGCUGCACCUGAAUGCCUUUGUGUUUCAACUCAAAAAGAGAAACACAGUCCCACAGCCAGGCUUGCCUAUUGUCUGGAAACACACAUACACAUACACACACAUACACACUCAUGCAGGGUGUAUAGUCUGCACGAGGAGUUGGUCAGAUCUGAACAUACAACAGGGUGGAGAUGUUUGUUGUGUCUUUGUUUCCAUAGAUUUAUUCAAAGUGAAAUCAUGACGCAAAACUAUCAGGUUGUGAACAAAUGUGCACAACGUUGCUGACUUUGGCCCCAGAGUCCAUAGAGAAGUAUAGAAAUAGUGUAGAAAUAUAAGAUGAAGGCCUAGAAGUCUGAAAACUCCUUGGGAUGGUCCUGUUGAUCAGUAUGCCAGUACUUGUAGCUUCUGUAUACUUUUGAUGCUGUGCUGUUUGGACACACCAGAAACAUCAUCUCUGGUGGCCAUAUUCGGAUUUCUCAUGUCCAGAGAUGAAUUCUUCAUUCUUUGUGUAAGACACUGCUGUAAAACAUUUAAGAGCAACAGAGAAAUGACAAGACUGCUUGAAAAGGUCAAAAUUUAUGCCCUCAAGAACCUUGAGUCCCAGACUUUUAUAGAGAGUAGCUGUGCGUGUCUAUAUUUCAGUCUGCAAAUCCAUUGUGAUGAUAUUGAACUCUUCAUAACCUCACUUUUAUCAGAGGCUUUAGGUAGACGAAAGUAGAAAGUUGGUUAUUUUUUUAAUGAUUCAGAUGAAGAGAUUGGGCUGAGCAUUGAUCUCUAAACUUUAGAUUCAAGUCUUUGAACAAACAACAGCAUGAGCAAUUAAAUGGGGGUCAUGUAUAUGGUAACCUCUGACUCUAGUUUUUAGUUCUACGUCUCCAUGGAAGAAGACAUAAAGCAAAGAGUCAAGGACUGUAGCCCCUGUGCUUGGGGCUUGUAGUUUAAUGGAUUACCUUGAGCUCGACACCCAUUUUAAAUGAUUUAAAAUAACCAGCUUUUUAAAACACAAACAACACAACAAGCUUCCCUCCGUCCAGUCAUGGAAACUGCAUGAUGUUGUGAGUGAUUUUUGUAAAUUUGUUAAUACAGGCAGACUACUCAGUUAAAGUUAAAUGCUGCGUUUGAUUUACCUCGGAAGUCAGAAGUCCGAGCUAAAAAUGACAGCACACCCGACUUACCAGCGUUUCAGUCACCAAGUGACUGAAAAAAGUAAAAACGGAGGCAGAAACACGAUGGCUACAUCUACGAAAGUUAUUUUAGCGCUUGCCUUGUUUGCAUAUAAGGCAAGUGCUUAAAUAACUUUUUUAGAUGUAGCCAUCCUGUUUCAGGCCUUCGAUUUUGCUUUCUUCCGACUUGGUAACUGAAACACUGGUAACUCGGGUAUGACGUCAUUUUCAGCUCCAACAUCUGACUUCAUAGGUAGCUUGAACGCCACAUAAGUACCUUAAACUGGGGAAGUUUAGUACUAAUAAUACUAAGAAUUUCUUUUUUGGUUUAAUAGAAACUCAAAUUUUUACUAACAUAAUUAAAACAAAUGUACAAAUUUUUGUACAUUUCAUCAAACGGGUUAGUGUUAUCCGUGAGUGAAUCAUGUCAAAUUGGUUUGCUGAGUGUGGCAAGACUUUCAGUCUUUGGUCCUCCUUACAAAUCAGUGUCUACAUGCCUGUUACGCUGGUUAAUGCUCUGGUUGAGUUAUUGUUACUGGUUGAACCAGACACAGCCUACUUAGAAUGUUAUCUCCAAUUUCUAGAUCAAAAUAGAGUCAAAUCAUGCUGACUUUCAAAAUAAAGCAUGUUACAUAAUGGCUGUAGCUAUCAACCAGACUUAACAGCCCCGACUGGUGUCAGUUGGCUGCACUGCAGUUUGGACAUGACAAAUGACCAUCAUUUUAGGCCUACAGUGUUGAAAAAGUCUAUUCAUUUAACUGCCAACAAAGAUAUGUUCAGUUUAGUCAACUCGAUGUGCACAUCCCUAAUUUAUACUACACACCAUAAGAAAUGUGCACUUUUUAAAUGUGCUGCUAACCAAAAUAUGUUUAAAACAGUUCUGCAUAAUUACGUAAUUGAGAAGAGAUUUAUCAACCUUUGAUUGAAAGCGGUGUCAUACUGUGAUCCAUGGAUUAUCAAUGAACCAUGUCUGUGGAUGAAAGGAAAAGAAAGACUGUCUUGUGUGCCUUGAAACUGAUACUGGUUUUGUGAGUUUUAAAAACAUGUUUUUAUGUAUACAUUGAUUUAUUUGCCAGUGAAUGUUUGCACACACGUGGUCAGGCCCAGUGUCAUGUUGUGUGUCUCAGCUCUAUUUUGAGUCCUCGAAAGCUCAUGGGGAAGGACAGGGACAGGGGUCAGAGAAACUGAGUAGUUCAUUGACAUUUAUCUCUUCUCUUCUGCACAAAGUGAAUGACAGUGAGUACAGCCAAGCCUUAAAGCCUUCUUAGAGGUGAAUACACCUGUGGUUUAAAUGUGAUCUUUCCCUAUUGAAAAUGUGGAGACAUUAAAUGUUUUCUGAAGGUCUUAGACUAAUAAUAGAAAAACCUCUGAUUCCUCUUUGGGUUCUUUUAAUAGGAAAUUGCACAACGUCUUUCAAGACUGAAUAAUUUAGCUAGAGCGGAUUCCCACUUCUCUCACACAGUCAUAUUUUCCGUCACCUUUGAAGGGUUUAAAGUUUAUUCCUCAUGGAUAUUGAAAGUUUUGCAGUAAAUGAGAAAAUGAUUGAGUAAACUGCAGAUGCUCCCGUCGUCUUUUCAACCUUGUUUUGGGAAAAUUGACCCUGUGUACUCAGUAGAAAACCCCGGACUCAUUUGGGAUUUAAUUGAUGACCAGAUGUCUCCAGCUGACUCAGAAUCUUUUCCUUGAUGGGUGUUUGUGUGUAGUCCAUUUCAGACAGUUUACUGUGUCCUCCGCAAAACAUGCCUGGACAAGUCUGGAGCUGUACACUCAAGGUUUUAACUAUCAGUGUUUCUGUUAUCAUGCAGUUGAGCUAAGAUUAGCAGAUCAGCAGGAGUGCACACACACACACACAAUAACAAUCAAGCUGUAGAAGAAUAAAGCCAAAGUACGUGUGAAAGUGUGGGAUAAGUCAAACUUGCCUCACCUAGAUUGCUACAUUUUGAGAGUAUUAUUUCUAUUGUUGGACUGGUAUGUGUGCUAUCAUCCCAGAUAAAAUGCCACAAAGACAGAGCUCUUUAAACCUUGGAGUUGUGUCAACCUGAAUGUGAGCUGUAGUUUUACAGAGGACUGCUAAAUCCUUCUCUCAAUACCAAGGAUGAAAUUUUGAUUUGCUGCCUCAAAGUGUUUCAUUGAAACUCUCCCAAAGUCCAACAGAACUAAAGUUUGAUCAGAUGUAAUGAGGCCAAAUAAGCAGUUUCCAUUCUUGCACAUUUGUUGCCAAAAGUAGACUUAUGUGUAAUCUUCAUGGUGUUACAACAUAUAUUCAGAAGGUUUUGACAGUUCUUGUGAAAUAAUUUACAUUCUGGUGUUCUCCACUAUGAACUGUGUUGUAACCCUGUUUUGCAAUGCAAAGAUAUUACAAGAUUUGGACAGCUCAGAACUGGCAUGUUCAGUAAAUCUAUGUCUGCACCCUUAGUUUGUCCAGUACAUGUACCUUUAUAAAUGAAACCUGCACCUGAGGCUCUUUUUAGACAUUGAAAGCUCAUUUCCUUGAAUACCCUGAAGUAAGGACAGUGAAGGAGGGCAAACAAUAAUCAUAAUUGUUCUCAUAAGUCAUGCUGCUGAAGUUGAGGUUUUGUGUGUGUAUUUGUUGUUUGGGUGCAGUGCCAUAAAAGCACGGGCACGCUGCCAGCAUUAUUACUCUAGGCCUUAGUGUUUAGUAUAUAUUCGCAGAUGACCUCAAAUACUGUGAGUGCAGAGUUAUGAUGCCUUGAUGUAUCUGCCACAGGAAGCACAGAUGUGUCAUUACCAGCCUUUACGCUUUAGGAAUUUUCCAAACAAAUGAUUGUUUUCUGCAGGGAAAUUCAGCUGUAUUAGCAUCAGCUGAUUUAUUGGGCUGAUGAAGUCACCUGCUGGACCAAAACAGAUGAGCUUCUCAGAUAAUUAAAGUUAUUGUAUCAGCGUGUAUCUGAAAACAUACAGACUAAUUCAGCCUCAUCGACUGUUUUUAGGCCUGUAUCAUUUAUAGGUUUAAUAUUUCUGAGGCUGUUGUAACUAUCUUGUGUCUCUAUUAUGUGCAUGCUUUUUUAACUCCGUCUUAGGGCUGGGCGAUAUGGCCUCAGAUCAGUAUUAUGAUAUAUAUAGCAGUUGACCUCGAUAACGAUAAAUGGACAAUAACUACUCCACAAGCUGCUCACCUCCUCCCACAUUAACUUCGUCUACUUCAGCCGCCACUCCAGCCGCCACAACUUUUGAACCGUCCUCCAUCUCCUCACCUGUCUUUCCCUCUUUGUUACGGACUGGAUGGGGUGGAGUCACGUCUCCAACGUAGGACAGCGUCUUAAAGAGACAUGUGACCAUAGCCUACCUACACACACAUCCAAAACCAACUUCAAUUUUUUUGACACCAAGUAUACCGAUAUGGGCAAAAUGACGUUGGUUAUUGUCAUAAAUUUCAGUAUUGGUUUUCAGUAAAUUAUCGGUUUAUCACCCAGCCCUACUCCAUGUAAAUCUAGACAUGCUUAUUUAUUGUGAAUGCCCGUGCUCACUUGACCCACUCUGUCUCCACAGGUAACACAUUACAAACAGUACCCUCCCAACACGAGUAAAGUGUACUCCUAUUUUGAGUGCCGUGAGAAGAGGACAGACCCCAGCAAAAGCAGAAAAGUCAAAUAUGACAAAACUGUCUUCUACGGCCUACAGUACAUUCUCCACAAAUACCUAAAAGGUAAGUGUACCCUCAGAUUUCACCUCUACUGCGCUACAGAACUCCUCAUUUUGUUUUGUAGAUUAGAUAACUCUGCUCUUAAGCACAACCCGGCAGUAGCUUUCCAGUAAAUGAUGUUGCAGCCUGCAGGUCUGCAGCCUUUAUUAAUGAUUCUCCAGGAUGUUUGUGUGAAGACGAAUGUGUUUCCAGUCAACUUCACAAAUUAAAUAAGGGUGACAUUCCGAUAUAUUUGGAUUACAUAACCCAAGCAUGGACUUACAAUAUUCUACUGUUGUCCGGUUAGCAAUCAGGGCACAUACCAAAAGCCUUUUGUGCUUUUGUGAUGCAUUAUUGGUCCCCGUGGGGGCAUUUUAUCUUUUUACCCCCCUCCCUCCCUCCCUCCAGGACAAGGUCAGAGUCGUGCAGGGUCGGCCGCAGAGCAGCAUGCCUAUUGCUACUCAAGAUUCAGUGCAUUGCUCAAGGACACUCCAGCAGGAUAGGUGCUGCCUGUUGAAGGCUGCAGCUCCAGUCUGGUUCUAGUGUGCCCCCUCACCGUGAUUAGACUGUACAGAGCAUAACAAAAAGCCACAGCAAAGUUUGGCGCUUACAAUCCAGCCUCUGCUCGCUCAAACUCGAGUUUGUCAAGGCGGAUGUUUAAGUUAGGGUGAUCCUAAGGGGCAUGGGAGAGUGCAAGAGAGACAGAAAAAAAAGUAGUGGGAAGUGAAAAAAAGAAAGUAUCACCCUCCUGUCUCGUAAAAGGAUUUCAUGGUGCUGUAGCAGAGGUGCAGGGGAGAACAGAGAAAGAGAGAAGACAAAAGCACAGCUGCUCUUUUACCGUCUGUGUGAGAAAGGCCAGCUGCCUGCACAGGGCGCCCCUCGAAGCUCGGUGAUUAGGCCAACCAUUAGAGAUGCAUCCUUGAUCCUUCAACUUACGAAACCAGAAGUGUGCAUCACGAUUCUUCUGAGUCGCGGAAUACAUUGUCAUUGUACCGCUGACUGUGAUUUUGUCAAGGAAGUGCUCCAGCACAGAGAGGCAUUAUGAUACUGAAAGCAGAACUUGUGAAGGACACAGAACAAUGUGGAGUUUUUGCCUGAUAUUGUUAUGGUAAAGAGAGAAAAAAGGUUUUAGCCUUUUUUCAUUUUUUUUCAAACUGAGAGAAUUUGAGAAAAGUGAGUUUACUGUCCUCAAGGGAACAACACGAGCCAUGUUUAGGGGGAUUUUGAAGACAAUGAAUCAGGCCUCAUGGAUAUUAGGACAAUUUGUGGGAAAUUUUCGCUAGACCAAACUAAAAUGAGGAAGUUGAUGUCAUUUUGGAUCUGUGUGACUUACAUAAAGCUCACAAGCAUCAAAAGUAGAAACCACUGGCCUUGACCUGUAAAGCUCUCUAUUUCACUUUGCGUUUCUUCCCCAUUGGAGUUAAAAAGUUUACUCACAAUUUGUGGUUUUAUUGUUUCGUAGUAUCCUUUAAUUGGAAGGUGUGCUAUAAUUUCAAGGUGGCAGGGUAACUAAUGAAGACUAAAGGACACUAUAUUGCUCAAAAAGCAGCCAUGCGCUCACCCCCCAAAAUAAGGGAGAUUAUACUUAGUUGUGUUGAUUUCUAUACCUGUACAGACCCAGGCUUGCUAUUUGCCUUUCCUUCCAAGUAAUUUCCCUUUAACUGUAAAGACACCAGCGGUAUUUUUCAUGUAAUUUGAGGCAAGAAAGAAGCAACCACAUUUCCCAAAGGCUGAAUAGCUUCUUUGAAUGAGACAAAAACUCAGUGUGUUUGAGGAACGACUUCUUUUUUUACGUGCAUGGGAUGUUUCUGGUUCAACAAGAAUAGAAGAGGAGAGAAACAUUCCAAUAUUUCUCUUUCUGCCUUCAUGUGCAUCUUCUUUCUUGCACCAUCCCCUUCAUCCCUCAUUUCUUCCUUCCUCCCUCCAGGAAAGGUAGUGACUCCAGAAAAGAUCCAAGAGGCCAAGGAGGUAUACAGAGAACACUUCCAGGAUGAUGUUUUCAAUGAGAAGGGCUGGACUUAUAUUUUGGAGGUGAGACACUUUUUUCAAAGUAUUGUGCUGCAGUUAGUAACUUUUUUUUUUUUAGACAUAUUGAUGGUUAUACUCCAUGAGGGUUACCAUCAAGGAAAAGCUGGAAUUCAGAACUAAGGAUGCAAGUGUACACACACACAGAUGCUGGUGCACUUCAAUGUUUGCACAUGAAACAUUCUGCAGGCAAUGUCUGUUUUAUCAGAGGCUGUAAAUUACACACAAAGAAAGACAAACAGUGUGUCCCAGCGGUUUAAUGUUUUUGUAACAAGUCUUGAUCAUAAAAACUCCCAGUCCUCAGAGUCACAAAUGACCAAAGUAAAGUUUGCGGUUGUUUCUUAAAGGCUAAAGAUUACGAUUCCCAAAAACUGUGUUUAGUGUUUAAAGAAAGCCUGAACAAUAAAGUAGUGAGAAAUGAAAGCACCCAAAGGCAAACACUGUAAAUAUAAUGACAUAAAAGUAGAAUAGCACAGCUUUAAAUGAAUCAGUCUAAAUAAAAUGUACGUUGUUGUAAAGUGAAACAGUUUUCAGCACCUUGGAGAGAGAACAGUGCAGCCCUCUCUUUACAGCCUUGUUUUUGACGAAGCCGCUUUAUAUCAUGCUUUUACUUCUUUUAGGAAAUCACAGGCAACACAUCCUCCUCUCUAAAGAGGAGAAGGACUACCAGGCUUGUUAUCAGCACACACACAGUUCUGACACCAGCAUGCCUAAUGGCCUGGAGAUGCAAAAGUGCUGAUGGCAUGGGUAGCUUAUGCACCCGUGAAGGCACUGUUGAUGCUGAACAAGUUACAGUCUACAGGAUUUGGAGAAAAGUCUGCUGCUGUUCUUUUUUUAAGGAAGACCUAAGCGACACUGAGCGUGUAUUACAACAGCAUGGCGCUCUCCUAGAAGAGCGCAGGUGUUAAAACUGCCUGCAGCUCCUACUUUUACCAACUGAAAACAGAAGAAACAUAACGAAAUGAAACAACUCGGGAAAGAAAAUGUGAAAAUUUUCUACAGCUUUAUGACUUUUUUUUGGAGUUUGGAGUUUGAGUAGCAUAUCUCCUUUUUUGAGUCAUGUUGUUCAAGUACUAACACUCCUUUAAAGCUCCUGUGUGAAUCUGAUUCUGGGUGGGAUAACUGUGCGAGUAACUGUGUCUUUGUGUUUCCAGAAAUACAAUGGACACCUGCCUAUUGAAAUCAAGGCUGUGCCGGAGGGGAGUGUCAUCCCUCGAGGCAACGUUUUGUUCACAGUGGAGAGCACGGACCCUGAAUGCUACUGGCUGACCAACUGGGUGGAGGUACACCUUGUUUUGUUCGUCCUCUGGGCACUGAAUAGGUAGCAGGGUUGAUUCUCGAGGGUGGAGAUUAGAAACAAGUGUUCAGAUAUCAAACAGGGUGGGUCUGACUUAAAGCUGCUGUUGGUACCAAAGCUGAAAGGUUGUGCUCUGUAUUUUUAGUGCCAGAGCUUGUCUUGUUUGAGUCCCUAAGCUUUGUUAACAAACACUCUUUAAUUUCUUGAAUGCUGCUUGUUCUCAGCUCUGUACAAGCUUUGGCAAACAAAAGCCGCUAAUAGUUUUUUUAACCCAUUUUCCCUCACAUAACCGUUUGAUUUUAACGUUAUUUUCCCUUUCAAUGUUACCCUUAUGACCAUGUAACUAUAUAGCCUGGCAUAUCAGUGAGAUUUAAUGAUAAGCUUCAAUUGAUUAUUGAUUAAAAGACAAAAUACAUUGGUAACAUUUAUAUCCUCUUAGUUACAUAGAACAAGAAAAAGCAAUAAUCAGUUUAUCUCGGCAGAACGCCCAAUCACUCCUCUUAUCCCUUUUAAAGCUCAUUUAAUUACAGCCUUGUCAUGGUUUAUUAUAUAAUUGCUGCUCUGAGAAAAACCCAAACCGGAGGAAAGACAAUCCUACAAGUUGGUAAAACAGGACAAGAGAAGAGAGAAAAGUGAAAAUAAACUUGUUUAUUUGAAUUUAAAGAGCAGAUUUGGUCUCCUCCACAACAAAGACGUGUGCAAGCAUCUAAAAGUACCUUGUCAGGAUUAUUUUAGACACGCGUUUGCAUCUUCAGUUUCAAGUUCCCUCUUACUACACUUUUGUGGUUCUGCUCCAGCACCUUCAACCAUUUCAUGCAGCCUUUGCUCAGAGGAACAGUGACUUUAAUAAUGAUAGUGCUUUCACCAAAACACAGCACAGUUCUGUGUGCAGUACCUCUCCAGGCUCUUGUGCCUCAACCUAAAACCACAAAUAAUUUAAGCUCUAAAUCAGCCCCCUGCCUUCUUCCCAAAAAGCACCUCAUCUUGAAUUUCUUCUGAACACUGUGAAGGAUGUCCGUCAACUGUAUUUAUAUUUUAAUUUAACAGCACUGAGUCAGAAAGUGAACUGGGCUCACCUUUUAAAGAUGCAGUUUGAAGCCCUUUUUUACAGAAGCUGCUUUCUCGAGGUUAUUAUUAUGUGUCUGAAGUUUUAAUCCGGAUAUGAUGUCCCUUCUGCAAACUCAGGAUAAGAGCUGUCAAUCACGGGUGGGCUGCAGUGAAGAUGAACGGUCGCUCACAGAGAUACUUUGACAUUUUUUGAAGUUUCCGUAUUCCCUCUGAUAUCUCCUCUGAGUGUGUUUUCUGAGUGGAGUUCAGCAUAGCUUAGCAGAAGUCCUUAAAACAGAGGGGAACAGCAAGCCUCACUCUGUCCAAAGGUAGUUUCAUACAUGCUGCAGUAAUUUCAGUGCUUACAUGUUAUACUGUGAAAUGUCUUCGAUGCAUACAAAAACAAAAACAUGCUCUGUAAUCUGGGUAGUUAUUUGGGAAGCUUUUCUCCACCUGCUGUACUACUUCCUCAAUUCUGGCGACCUACUGACUGAUGCAAGUGAGUUUUCAUGUUUUACUCCCAACAUAGCCUCUUGAAUUGUACAGUAAAAAUCAGAUUAUGUGUCGGGUAUAGCUUUUUAGGUUGACACAAAUUUCCCCCCGUGGGACUCACAAAGGAAUAUCUUAUCUUAAUAUCUUAAGUCAAUUUUGGAGACAAUCUCUGAAAUUAUGUGCUUCCGUCUUCAGAUAUUUAUAUGCCUCUGGGAACAAUAACCAAUUUCCCAGGCAUUGUGAUGUGAAGCCGGCAGUUAUCAAUGAUAAUCGCAUGUUGAGAUUGAUUUAGAGGCAACUUGUCAGCUAGGAUUAAGGCAUAGUAAUGCAUGUCAACGAGGGCUGACACCCUUCAGGCAGUCGGUGGAUUAGUUUGUCAGUGAGCUCUCAUCUCAACAAAAUCUCACAUGUCAAACAAUCACAGCUGCUACUUUUGUGGGUAAGAAGGUUAUCCCUUUAUUUUCCUGGGAUGGGUGAAUGAGUCGAUGUUUCAAAAACUGUCUGGCCAUUAUGCUCAGCUCUUUGUGAGUAAAACCCACAGUGCCUCUGGGGAAAAGAGGAUCCUCUUUCUCAGUUACUAUUGCUCUAAGAUGGUUUAAAAUUUGAAGUUAGUUAAAUCCAGACUAACUCUGAAUAGUUACUGAGCUGUGAGCAUCACUCACCGCUCCAGGAGCUAAAAGUCAGUCCUUCAUGAUUCUGCCCAUAUCUGGUAGAAGUGCCUCAGUCCUCAGUUGAACAGAUCAUGUGAUACUAUCAUUGUAGUAUAAGGACUUGAUCAUUGACUUAGGCCACUAUUUUAAUAGGGUGACGAUAUAUGAAUAUAGGCAGGUAUUCCAGCUCUUGAUAUUUUCCAUUUGAGGUUUAUUUAUGCUGCCAUCGUUGGCUCACUUUUAUCAGGUUUAUCAAAAAUAUUGAUUGACUGCAUAUUGAAUGACUGCAUUUCUAAUAUCGACCCUGUUGUCCAUGUACUAUCGAUUCUGAAGACUAGAGUCCAUAAAACCAUUGUGAUGGCCAUCAGCAUCUUUUAUUCACUCUAUCAUCUUUUGAUUUGUCUCUGCCGAUAAAAUUAUUUUUAAUUUUUUUAUCAGGUCCUCAUCAGGAAAGCACAUUCCUAAAAUGUUUAACUAAUUCUUUAGCCAUCCUCAGUGCUGCAUUUGUUGCCUGCAGCUUAAGCACUGUGUCACUCCCCCCCUGAGACGCAGAGGAUCUCAUAAACCUAAUGCCCCGUGAACAGACUGGCUGCAAUGACUCGGCAGAACUAAAUUCAUUUACCGUGAGCAUUAUCUUCGCUCUGUGUCUCCUCGUCUCCUAAGAGCUCCCUUUGACUCAUCUUUCCUCUGCCUCUCUGUGCACAUAUCAGCUUCAUUCAUAAAUAUCACAUUUGCCUUUUUGAAACAGAUAAUCACGCUGUCUAUUCUGGAGACAUCGGCUGUUUAACCCCUUUGACUUCUCCUACUUUAAAUAAUCAUGCAGUAAUUUCUUGCAAAAAAUUACGAACCAGACAGGACUCUUUUUUUUGUACUUACUGUAACACUGAGAGAAUAAAAGACUCCAACCUGCAGGCACAUUUUGAAGUAAACAAAAACUUCCCUUUAGUUUCUAUUAACUGGAGUAUUCAAGCAGGUUUUGAAAGAUGAGAUUUUCCUGGAUAGUUCUCUGAUAUGUGCAUCUCUAUAAUUUAUUAUACACACAGUCAACUCUAAAAGCACAUAAAAUGGAGGAGUGUUUGGUCGUAGGUCACCCACAGCCAAGAGCACAGUCAUAACUCUCACACACUGUCCUGAUAAAUUUGGACACACACACACACGCACGCAAACAUGCAAACACACACUUGGUCAGUCUCUUCAGCUGAUAUAAAUACACACACACACACACACACACACACACACACACACACUCAUUCUUCAUGGGUGAUAUAAAAUUAGCCCUCUGUCCUUGGGCUUGUUCUCUUCCUCCCCUUCACUCUUGCUCUCCUUUCUGCUUCUGUUGUCUUUCUUUGUUUCUAACCUCAUCACACUCAUUUUUUUCUUCUUCCUUAACUUCCUUCAUGUUUUUUUCCCCCUCCACCCUAAUUGUUAUCUCCCCCUUUUAGUCUUUCCUGACCUCCCUCCAUUUUGUUCUUGGAUGGUGACCGGGAAGUUAUGCUGGCACGCUCGCUCAUGAGUGUGUAUGCAAACAUUCCUGCUGAGUGUUGCUUUUAACCGUACCGCUGCCUCAAUAGACCGCCAUUAUCACACAUAUCAUUACAUUCUGUGUGUAACUUUGAUAAAGGUCACAAUCACCUGAAUUCGAGGCGGGUGUUUUUCUAAUUUUACUGAAUAAUUUAGUGUUAAUGUGCAACAGUGUGAGCGUUUAUCCUCAUAAAAUCUUAUCAUAGUCAUUUUAUUUGUUGUUAUGCACAGGUUCCUAAUGGAAAUGUCAACAAGCAGAUAAGGUACAGGGCACAUGGCGUGUGUCUGCGUAUGCCUGUCAGUAUUAGCCUCGCUCUGGCAGUCACAUGAGGCCAUAUUAUGCUUUAGAUUAUGAUUAGUCUGAGGAGGCAUGUGACUGCGCUCAGGGUCGGAAAGUGAGGAGGCACGCUGUGUAGUAGUCGCAGACAAAGUCAAGUGAGGAGUCUGAACAGGAAGUUUUUUAAGAGUUUUUUUUUUUUUUUGGUUUUGAGACUCAAGUUCCUUGAGGGGGAGGAAAAAUAGCCAUACAUCCUGGUGUUUAGAAUUUUUGUCACACUCGAUCUCUUUGUCUGCUGCUAAUGAGGUUUGACACGUCCAUUCCUGAUGUUUUCACCUCUUUCUAAAAGUUGUGAAAUGUUGCGUACAAGCAAAAACAUCAGCAUGGAGUAACACUGGUCACUAUCGAGAAUGAACAAGGCGCAUGCAAAAAGGAAGAGCUGAACUACGAGUCAUUUUACAUUGAAGAAGAAUCGAAUCGGGAGAAAAGCAUAUAAUCCCAGCCCAAGUAGUCUGUUUUUUUUUUUUUAUAAAAGCUGUAUCUUUCUUUCUUUUGCAGUCAAAUGUAUUACUAUUGAAAAUAUUUUCAGUGGAACAUUCCCCGAAAAAAGUCUGUCUCUGAGGUUGGCAGUAAUGCUUUUUUUCUGACGCCUACCCUGUGGUGUAGAAAAUUACUUUAUUACUUUUAUUAAAAUAAUCAGUCUUGUUUCUGAUGAUCUCAUUUCGCGCAGCCUAUAAAGAAGAAAUAUGUGCAAUAUCAUCACCAGAUAAUAGCUGAAAAAUUUGACUGUCAGUAUUGGCAGACAUGAUGUUUUCUGCAGCAUCUUCUCUCAAUAGCUUUCAAGUACCUACAAAAGUUCCAAUAUCUGCAAAACAGGAGACGUCUCAUUCUCCUCCAGUUUAAGCCACAACUUCUACUAAAAUUUCAUUUGUUGUUAACCUCUCCUUCAUUACAUCUGUAGUUGACAAGUUGCUAACUGGUGUUUGCAGACCACACUUCGCACAGUUAUGCAAGCUUAUUCAGGAAUCCCCGGCAUGUGUACCCUCUUUAGGUAAAUUUAUGCUUAGGUGUCCACACAUUCACCAGCAGCAGGUAUUAGACUGCGAUGGCAUAUGGCACUGAUCCUUUCUCAGUUUGAUUUCAGCAGAGGGUUCAGCUGCACUUACACUUGUCGUGUACAAAUGUGGCUUGUGUGGAUGCUGCUGCAUUACUUGAUUAGCUGCUGAAAAGCUGUUUACUCAGAAAUCACUGAGCUUGUGAGAAAUUUCGUUAAGCUACAUUGCCACAAUUUGUAGCACCUUAACUACUCGACACCGGUGACUUUAUCAGAUUAAAUGGUGGUAAAUGGGGAUAAAAGUCUUUAUAAUGUACUUAUCAUUUCUGAGAUUUUUAAGGCUUAAAUUCACUCAAUUUCACUCAUCCAGAGAUACGAAAUACUCACUUUGGUUUAAAAAAAGUGUUUUCAAAAUUUGAUGGUGAACAUGGAUAAGCCUCUUGUUUUCAUACUGAAUGUGUGACCGGAGCCCAGAGUUGACAUGAGGCACGCAGGAAUGUAUUUUUCCCAGAGUUUGUCUUGUGUGAAUAAGCAAAACCCUCUUUGAACCCCGUGAGCCUGUUAGUUUGGGGGUUAGUACUGGGGGGUAAAGGAAUACGUGGACCUGCCUUUCUCUGGUGUGGUCAGCGCCGGAAAACAGCCGUGCUGCAAAGACGAGUUUCUGUACAUGAGACAUGAAGCUGUUUUCAAAAUGUGUGAUAAAUUUUUAUGAAAAUACUGCAUCAAGUGAACUGUUUGUCUUUCUUUCUUCUAUCAGACCAUCCUGGUUCAGAUCUGGUAUCCGAUCACUGUUGCAACCAACUCCAGAGAACAGAAGAAGAUCCUGGCCAAGUACCUCCUGGAGACGUCUGGAAACUUGGAGGGUCUAGAGUACAAACUACAUGACUUUGGCUACAGAGGCGUCUCCUCUCAAGAGGUUUUUAAACAUGGCUUUUCAUUGAAAUAGUGAUUUUGAUUAGAUAUGCUGGCAAAUAUUUUGAAAAAAAGGUUUCUUAUAUCAGGCGAUUUAAGAACCCAGUAGCUUGUCAGAAUGCUGAUGUAGAACUUUGGGACUCUUGUUUAAGUCCUCUCAAUAUCACAAUCAAUACACGAGGUAUACAUACCCGCUUUGCUGGAAUGAUUGACUUGUUUAUGAUAAUGGCUAAUCUGUCUCCACCUCCUUCCAUUGUACAAAAGUGAAGCCAACAUGGGGGAGUCUAUGUAUUGAUGUCCUGGACCCUUUGCUAACCAAAACAAAGCUGGAUCUCACUGGUAACACAGCAAAGACAGUAAAGUCUGUCAUGUAACAACUUAUUGUAUCAGUUUCAAGCAACCGCUCUGGGUCACGGAAACUGAUCUUCUCAGAAAAAUAUACAGCGGGACAUAAACCAGCAUGAAAAAAACGAAACUUUGAUGACAAAAACUGUGAUUGGGAGACGAUUAUUUAGUGUGUAUUCAGAUUUUAUAGUUUGCCCCAUGUCUCAUCAGUCAACAUGGAGGCUUAUAACCUACCCAGCAGCCUGUCAGUAGGGCGCGCUUUAAUUCUUUUGCUUCACUUUUAAGGAGCUGAUAUGUCGUUCAUCUUUUAUUUAACCUUUGUCUGGAGCUUUGGACUGUAUUGCACAGAGAGCUCUGGAAAAAUAUUUCAUAUUGUUUUAAACUUUUUAAUUUCCUCGAGGAAACUUUCCCAGAAAGAUCAAUAAAGUCUGUCUAAUUUAAUCAAAAUAUUAGAGAGUAAUCAAUAGACUUUUGUGGAAAUUGAAAGGUAGAUAAAGUUCAAAAUUGACUGUAUAAUGACUCAUCUUUGCCCUUUAACUUCAUUGGGCUUAUGCAAAUAAAAUCAAAUUAAUCAUUAUCUUCCACAUUUCAUCUCCUGCCUCUCUGCAGACUGCAGGCAUCGGUGCCUCGGCUCAUCUGGUCAACUUCAAGGGCACAGACACAGUCGCUGGCAUCGGGGUCAUUAAGAAGUACUAUGGCACUAAGGACCCAGUGCCUGGCUUCUCAGUCCCUGCUGCAGAGCACAGGUACUCUACAUAAACACACUUCUCUUUCUUUUAUUUAUGGUUUGUUGCUUAUUGAAGUAUCGUCCAUACGUAGAGUAAAGAUAUCUGUCUCUGUAAGCUGCAGUCAUCAGCUUUCAGGGUUACCCGGCUCUUCUAAAACCCUGAGUGGCUCUGUUUCCAUUGUAAUGUAGGGCAGUAGUUCACCACCCGCUGUAAUUGUUAGACCUCCAAGGUAUGAUGGGUGUCUGCCAGCAUGCCCGACACUUCCUUUAACGCACAGGCAAAGUCAAGAGAAACUUUUUUAAACAACAUCUUGCCUCUGGAGGCCACUGAAUUCCUGUGCACUGUGUUAAUUACCAGAAUGUAUUCAUAUUCCCAGAAUGCACAGGGGCAGUCGGCAUAGCUCGGAUCCUUUCAUCUCCUCUGCUGGCUCUGUUGAGGAAGUCCACUUUUGGGCUGUCAGCCAACCUUUUUUUGUUUUACCCACAAGCCAAAUGGGUUUUGAAAAUACAAAAUAACUUUAUUUGAAUAGCUGUUGGUUGCCAGCCAGAUUUCUCAAUGGAGCGAAUUUAUCAGCCAGAGUGAGAAUUAACUCAUCAUUUGGCUGAAGUUGGUGUUAAUUCGCUCCCCCUGUUUGGAGCGUGGUCACCCUCACACUAAUUAUGUGCUUCAUCUGUGUCAUGUUUGUGAAAAGAGCUCUUAUUGGCCGGGGCUGGAGGCUGUGAUUGGCUGCUACCCUGACGCACAUGUGCCUCACAUGUCUGUGGUGUUGUUUUAUGGCACUGAUCCAUUUAGCCUCCUCUCUCUGUCACACACACACACGCACACAUUUCCUCCCUUUCUGUUUCGCUCUCCUGCACACACAGGCGCUUCUUCUUCCUUGCCACCAGGGCAGUUACUGCUGCUCCAGCGCACCCUUCUUCCCCGCACCAGUGCAUUGUGGGAUGGUGGCAGUAGUUGUCAUGGCAACUGUUACGUAAUAGCCCCCCCUCCUCCUCUUAAAAUCUGUUUGGUUUUCUACCUCUGAGGGAGGAGUCACAGUGAAAUUCCACUUAGAUUUUAUGUAAAGGCAAAGAGGUGGUUGUUGUGGAGCAGAGCUGUGUCACCUUCAGAGCCCUGAGAAGUAAAACUUUUCCUGCUCUCUAAUGUUUACUGUAUACUUAAUGCUCCUAGAAAGACCUGGAAAUGAAAAUAUGAGUGGUGUGCAGAAACAUCACAUGAUAUCAAAACAUGACCAUGUGUCAGAUAAUAUUUACGUAUAUACCAUAUCUUGUCUAGGAAUAUUUAGCCAAGGACCAAAAUGCUCAGGUUUACUCUUGUAAUAAAGACAACAUUCAGAUUUAUUGUUGGGUAGAUCCAAAUAAACCACAGAUUUUGUACUUUUAGCGUCAGGUCAUAGUGUCCCUGUAGUUGUAAGAAGUAGGUAAAAUGAUAUCAUUAACAACAAGGCUUUGUUGAACUUCUCUGCUGUACUAAAACCAACAACUAAAAACUGGUGUGCACUGCCCUCUUCUGGAUGAUCCUUUUUAUUUCCAUUUGAUGAAUGUCUUGUGACUGUCUUAGCCACAUUUCAUCUCCAUGUUUAGUGUGGACAUUUUUAGCUCUUAUAAACCACCCUUUAUGUGUGUUUUUUUGUUUUUUGUUUGUAAUCAUAAAGAUUUCUUUACCAAAGCUAAUAAUCUGAAAAAGUUUUUAUUAAUCUAAUUGAGAUGAUUUUAAUAAAAAGACUAUAUCUUGAUGUAUUUUCUCCACAGUACCAUCACAGCAUGGGGGAAGGAUCAUGAAAAAGAUGCUUUCGAGCACAUCAUAAAGCAGUUCCCCAGCGUGCCUGUGUCCAUAGUCAGUGACAGCUAUGACAUCUACAAUGCUUGUGAGAAGAUCUGGGGAGAAGAUCUACGAGGCCUGAUAGAGACACGCAGUGCAGAUGCGCCACUGGUCGUCCGACCAGACUCUGGAAACCCACUUGAUACAGUUUUGAAGGUGAAGUCUCAGGCCCCUCCAUUCAGUUUUUUUUUUUUUUUUUCUGGGAUCCUAAAGCCAAGCGAGGGCACUGAUCUCUCCGUUCCUGCACCUUACUCUGAUAUGUUUCAGGUUUUGGAGAUCUUGGGUAAGAAAUUCAAUCCAAAGGAGAACUCUAAAGGUUUUAAAGUUCUCCCCCCCUACAUCAGAGUUAUACAAGGAGAUGGAGUUGAUAUCAACACCCUGCAAGAGGUACAUACAAAUGACACACUGAACUCAUAUAAAAGAUCUCCAACUUUCAGCCCAAUAGAUGUGAAAGAGUUCCAUUGCAAAGUUUUGAAUGUGUAUGUUUUUUUUCUCGCAGAUCGUUGAAGGCAUGAAGGAACAUCGGUGGUCCAUUGAAAACAUCGCCUUUGGGUCUGGAGGGGCUCUGCUGCAGAAACUGACCAGAGAUCUUCUCAACUGCUCAUUUAAAUGCAGUUAUGUUGUCACUAAUGGACUUGGGGUGAGUAAAGGCCAAUCUGAAUAUCUGAAUGAACCAUUACAAUAUAAGAAAAGUGUGGGAUUAAGUUGGCCAUUAUUGCAAAAUCAAUAAACAAUCAGAUAUUAAAAAGAAAUAUUUGCAAUAAUUUAGUCAAGGUUAAGUUUCCUUUGCCCUAAUAUAUGCCAGUAAUAUAUGGUUCAGCUCGUGUUUACCAUACACAGCCCACAAAUAGCUUUAGACCCGUGCUCUAGAUGAUUAAAAAAUAGCCAAAACACUUCUUGUACCAGGCUGUAAACAUGUCUCGUUAUGUUGUAAAAAUGGGCAUUUCAGUACGGGCUCUAAUUGAGCUGACUUGACUUUUUAAGCAGGCCUUAGAGACCACUUGAUUGGCACAUAUUCAUUAAUCUGAAAUUAAUCUGAGGACAGUUGAUAGCUAGCUUUAGCUUCAUCCAUCUGCAUGAAAGUGAUGUAAGAGCACAGACGUUACACCCAGGUCUUCACCCAGCGGAUAAGAUGCAUGCAUGCUGAGCAAGAAAGUAUUGCUCAUAAAUUGUUUUCACAUUUGCGGAGUUUAAUUUAGACUUCUGGAGGGUGUUUUGCAACUGGAAUUUGGUCAUCAUUCCUGUCCAGAUUUGUAAGAAGGGUGUGGAGUGUUGCAUUUUUUUUGUCCACUGUUGAAAACUGUUCAUUACACAAUGAACUCGAUCGAUUUUGUGAGAUAAGUUUUUCCUGUGCUCUUAUAGACUCUCUUGUGCAAAAUUACCCUUCGUUUUAAAGUCGUUGUUUUUUUUUUGUUUUGUUUUUUUUUUGUGUGGUGGAAAAGGUAAAUGUCUUCAAGGACCCCGUGGCAGACCCUAACAAGAGGUCAAAGAAAGGCCGACUGUCCCUGCACCUGACACAGAGCGGAGAUUUUGUCACCCUAGAGGAAGGCAAGGGUGACCUGGAGGAGUAUGGCGUGGUGAGUCCAAUGUCUAGAAAAACUCUGACUCUUUAAAAAAUAUGUCUCAGUUUUGCAUUUUCUCAUUUUUUCUCUCUAUUCUCCUCCCUCUACCCAUUGUCACCUCCCUCUCUCUCCCAUCUACAGGACCUGUUGCACACAGUCUUUCAGAACGGGAAGAUUGUCAAGAUGUACACAUUCGACGAAGUCAGAGACAAUGCUAAGCUCAAAGAGAGUGAGCUUGAUGAGCUGCUGCUCUAAACGCAGCACUGCUGAACCCACACUUUCCACCCUAAUAUCCCCAAAAUAUACACCCCCCCGACCUUCAACUUUUGGCCUCUGACAACACCUCCAGAAAUGGCGGUGGUGUGUUCUGGUAAUAAAACCCACUCCGAAAGUCUAAGAGCUCCUAAAAUGUUCCUAGAAACCUUAGAUCCACCUUAAUAUUUACAGGGCUCCCCCUUAAAUUUAAAAAAAUAGCCGCUCUGGGUCUCUAGCAGAGUCGGGAAUUCGAAAUCAACACACCCCGAGGAGAAAAAAUGAGUGAGACAGGGAUUACAGACGUGAGGGAUUAAAAUUAUAAUGACAAACCACAUGUUGCCUCCAUAUACCUCUGCCCCCCCCUCAAAUCAAAAAAUCGGCAUGUUGCACUGACAAGCUAGACAUAUUGCUAAGUGAGAAUGUGAUUGGCUACUGAACGGCAAUGUGUUAGCAGACUUUUUCAUGUCGACACACAAAGAAAUCAGGAGAUUGUAGAUUUUUGAAUAACCUCCAAGCGCAGUGCACCCUCGAUGAGGCCGAGUGAGGAAGGUCAUGAGUGAAAGAGAUAACGAAUUAUGAAGCCACACCCACACCAAUGAACGUGCCCCGUGUAUUGUGUACAGAACUGUUGAGAAAAAAAAAAUACAUGUCUGAAUCUUCUUAGCUUUGUCUUUUAUGUGAAGGAGUAUGAUGAUGGUAAAUAACGAUGCACCAAUAACACCAACCAACAGCCGCUUAUACAAACUCUUAGACUGUGUUUAUGGGGGAUAAAGGAACUGAUUCCUUCCUUUUUCUUGCUUUUUAUCAGUAGUUACGGCCCAAGAUGUAACAGGCCAAAGUUAAUCACAUACUACCUGAAUAUUUUCUACUCGUACUCUGCCAAAUAAAAUGUUAUUGGUGCAUCUCUGAUGGUAUAGCAGUGAUCAUCUACUUGACAUAACAUUGCCUGAAGAGUAAACCCAUAAUGAGGGCCCAACCCAGUCAUUACAACAAGACGGGUUUCCUUUUAACGUGUAUAGACUUUUCAAUUAUUACUCAAAGAAUAUUAUUAUAAAACAAUAAUAAUCUGUGACAAAGUUUUAUGCCAUUAUCCCAGAGAAGCAAAUUAGAUUGAAGUCAAGAGUCUGUAAUCGCGCCCUCAUGAUGGUGAAUGCUCUUAAAGCGGUCUUUGGAAUAGAAGACAAAGAGUUGAUGUAAAAUAAAACACAUCACAACAGUUGUCUUCACUGGACUGAAGAUGAUCUAAUUAUGUGAUUAUGACAGAUUAAAUAUGUGGCCCCUUGGCAGAAAUGUAUGUUAAAUGUUGGUUCUGAUGUGUGUGUGUGAAUGCUUGAGAGCAUGCGUGUGUGGCUGCGUGUGUGUGUGUGUACUGAUAUUUUCUUCCUCUAAAGGGUAGUGUAGUAUUCCUUUAUGCAAAUGUACUUGUUGACCGGAGGAAUAAUAACAAUCACUCUUCCAUUUACUUUUACUUUGAAAGGAAAAACGCAGCUUUGAGACAAACUGGGGUCGGUGCUCGAUUGUCUGGAAAAGAAACCAUGAGGCUGAAAAGUUAGUUUCUGAAUAAGAAAAUAAGCUGUAAUCAGCAUGGUCGCCCUCUAUAUCACUGCCUUAACUCGUGUUUCCGGAAGAUACUAAAUGUUCCCAGUGAUGGCAGAUCGCACUUUUGUUUGGAUUUAUUGCUGAGAUAGAAGUGAAAUCUCGAUUUUAAUGCCUUUUUAGAGUGGAGAGUCUUCUAUCCAGAGCAUCCAAAUGAAGGGUCACCACUCUUUGCUGUUUUGUUAAAUCACAUUGGCCUGUUUGACAGAGUGAAGGGGUCCAAUAAAAGCCAAAAUCUGGUGACAUCACAGGUGACAAGAAGUUUGUUAAACCUAAAACUCGAAUAUUGGGUAAAUGUUUCCCUUCGGUACUCCUAAUUCAGUUAUGGCGCAUAAAACACUGCCAGCACUAAACCACAUACACCUUUAAUUUGAAGCUAUGUUAGCAGCAGUGUAAAAAUUGUUUCAAAUAAGUUCCUGCCCAAAAUAACAGUAAAUUACUGGCUUCCUAACAAGUUUAAUCCUGUUUUGUUGAUUUUAGCAGUAAUUUGCUGUUGUAAGCAUGCUAAUUCACUAAACUGAGAUCUCUCUUUAUGAGCAUGCUAACUAAGAUGAUAAGAAUGGUAAAUAUAUCUUCCAAGGAUGAGCGUGAUGGCUUGCUAAAGCUGGUUUGUAAUACUGUCAUAGGUGUUUAGCUUAGAGUGGGGCCUGAAACAGCUGCUAGCAAAACAAAAGACUGUCCAUUUUUAGUAGCAGUAGUAUUUUUCUUUGGGAAAUUAACUUCACAGCAUCUUUUCACAGCAUUUUAGCCAGUCAAGUGUCAGCCACUGAGUAUCAUCACCUUUUCACUCGACUGAGCUAGUUGUCUGUGAUGUUGGGGAAGGCCUGAAUAAAACCUGUGAUGCCAUCAGCUCUCAUUUCCCACCCCUGGCUCGAACUAAGCUGCUCCUGCUCCAAAGUUGGUAACCAACACAUGCAGAAAUCUCAUCUUUUCUCUUUUUUCAUUUCCUCCAGUUUGCACACCUCACUUCUGUUACCUGUCACAUAACUUGUUUUCCAGCUCCUGCUCAGACACAGCGGUUUUCCUUUUAAUUACUCUUUGAUUAUGAGGUGCAUUUCAGUAAAAGUUUGAUUUUACUAUUUUGAUACUGUCUCAGUUCUUACCUCAAAGAAACAUAAUUUUGUAUGACCAAGGAGAAAAAAAAAUGCCAGAACUAUUGCAGUAAAUAUCUUUAUUUACAAUGCGGCCAUACUGCCUUCUCACUUGUACAUACAACAGCUUGUUUGACUGAAAGCAGAGAGGGCAGGUUAGGGAGACGACCACACGAGAUAAGAUUAUUACUAUUAUUUUUGACAGAACAACUGUUUUUGUACCAACAGAAGAAAAUCCAAAACUGCUCGUGUGAAUCAGCAGUGUGACUGUUCUUUAUGAGUGACAAGCUUUUAGCUUCUGUAUGACUGUGUGUGUGUGUGUGUGUGUCUGCCUCGUGUAUCACGGAUGAAAAGUGUUUGUGAAUACUUUUUUUUCUUUAUGUUGUUGUUGUUUUACUUGUAUGUAUAUGUUGGUUGUCCCAAAUUCUCUCCCUACACAACUGAUAUUUUAACUAACAUAACUUGCUAUAUUGUCAAGAAAACAUUGAUUAAAGAUGCCACCCUGUCAGUUUGAAA